CAAAAAUUGUGAUUAUUACAAAUUUAGGUCACCGUUAUACCGGAGCGACCUGCAUAUUUGGUCAACGUUUUAUGACUCGAGUAAUGUCCGUUUAAGGCUAGCUAGUAGCAUGUUUCGUUAUAAACAGUAAAGGAAUGCUAACGCCUUUUAGCCAUUAUUUCAACCAACUGGUAAAUGUUAGCAGUAACUGAUUCCUUACGGUAAACCGUUCAUAUCAUAUAUUGCCCAAUCAACGUGACUUCACGUUGGUUAAUGGAAGCCUAGCUCGUCCGUUAGCUGCUUUUAGAAAUGUACAUUGAAACGUGUUAGCAGGACUGGAUACGAAGGCGCUCACUGACCGAGACACAACAUCUUGUUGUUCUUCAACAGGCCUCCCACGUGGUCUAUCCGCGUUACCUUCUGCAGGGAGACUUUCAUGAUGAAAGCUUUUGACUAGAGCUGGUUUGGUCAGGAAGAAUACUAACAGGAGACCAGGAAGGAAGUAGAGCAUAACUUUGAGGUGCAAUGGCUUACUCUAGCUACAGCAACCUUAGCAGGGCUCAGCUUACCUUUGAGUACCUGCACACAAACUCAACAACCCACGAGUUUUUGUUUGGCGCAUUAGCUGAGCUUGUCGACAACUCAAGAGAUGCCAGUGCAACCAGAAUAGACAUCUACACUGAGAAACGACAAGAGCUCCGUGGUGGUUUUAUGCUAUGCUUCCUAGAUGAUGGCAUUGGAAUGGACCCAAUUGAGGCAACCCACGUGAUCCAGUUUGGAAAGUCAAACAAACGUUCUCCAGAAUCCACUCACAUUGGCCAGUACGGAAAUGGAUUAAAAUCGGGCUCAAUGCGAAUUGGGAAAGACUUUAUCUUAUUCACAAAAAAGGAAAAGACACUAACCUGUCUUUUCCUAUCAAGGACUUUCCAUGAAGAAGAAGGGCUCGAUGAGGUGAUUGUGCCUCUCCCUUCCUGGGAUCUGAAAACAAAGGAACCACUGACCUCUGAUCCUGAGAAGUAUGCAAUAGAAACCGAACUUAUCUUCAAAUACUCCCCUUUUAAAAAUGAACAGCAGCUGAUGGAGCAGUUCAACAAGAUAGAGAGCAGCAGUGGUACUCUUGUGGUUGUCUAUAACCUAAAGCUGAUGGACAAUGGAGAACCUGAGCUGGAUGUGGAGACCGAUCACCAGGACAUCCUCAUGGCUGGGACACCUACUGAAGGAGUGAAGCCAGAAAGGAGGUCAUUCAGGGCAUACACUGCUGUACUGUACAUCGACCCACGCAUGAGGAUCUUUAUCCAGGGACAUAAAGUCAGAACUAAGAGACUCUCCUGCUGCCUCUACAAACCAAGGGUUUAUAAAUACUCAUCAACACGGUUUAAAACCCGUGCGGAACAAGAAGUGAAAAAAGCAGAUCAUCUUGCAAAAAUAGCUGAAGAGAAGGCGCGGGAAGCGGAGAGUAAGCGUGUAGCAAUGGAGACCAGAUUAGGAGAUGAUCUGUCAAAAGAAUCAAGGGCAGUUCUGAGGAAAGUCCAGGAUUCUGCCAUGAUGCUGCGAAGGGAUGCUGAGAUACGAAAGAGAAAUCUUGAAGCCAAACAGAGAGCACUAAAGGAACCCAAGGACUUAAAUUUUAUAUUUGGAGUAAAUAUUGAGCAGAGGGAGCUGGAUGGCAUGUUUGUGUACAACUGCUCUCGUCUUAUCAAGAUGUAUGAGAAGACGGGUCCUCAGCUAGAGGGAGGCAUGGCAUGUGGAGGUGUAGUUGGAGUUGUCGACGUCCCAUAUUUGGUGCUUGAGCCCACCCACAACAAACAGGACUUUGCAGAUGCAAAGGAGUACCGGCACUUACUGAAAGCAAUGGGAGAGCAUUUAGUUCAGUACUGGAGGGACACCAACAUUGCCCAAAAAGGCAUUGCGAAGUUCUGGGAUGAGUUUGGAUAUCUGUCUGCCGGUUGGUCUUCUCCCCCAUCCUCAGAGCUGAGAUACAAGAGGCGCCGUGCCAUGGAGAUACCGAUCACUAUUCAGUGUGAUAAGUGUUUGAAGUGGAGAACGCUGCCUUUCCAGAUGGAUGCAGUUGACAAACGCUACCCUGACAGUUGGGUGUGUCUCAUGAACCCUGAUGGCGCUCAGGACAGAUGUGAAGCUCCAGAACAGAAACAAAAUUUUCCUGUCGGUGUAUUAAAGAAAGAAAAACAAACAGUUGAAGACAAACAGAAAGAGCUAGCAGAGAAAAUCAGAGCGCAGAAGGAAAAACUAGAAGCCUUACAGAAAACCAGCACAAUUAAAUCUGCAGCAGACAUCAAAAAGCUCCCACUUGAAGUCAGUAUGAAACCCACAGAGACCUCAGGUCAGACGACUAGGUCUUCUGAAAGGUCUGCAACACGCCCACGCUCUCCGCCUCUCCCAGCUCACCUGAAGAACGCUCCGAGUGUCCCUCCAUCACGUACAGCUUCUCAGCGUCCCACCCGAGCAUCUGCAGCUCCUCCUACACCUCCUAAGUCAGAACCAUCCAGGACCAGAGCUGCAGCGAAGACCCCUCAAGCUGCUGCGAAGACCCCUCAAGCUGCUGCAAAGCCUAGCCCAAAAGCCUCUGCUAGAACACCUCCAUCCAGUCGCAGCUCGAGGGCCUCUACCAAAGCAUCAUCUGUCAAACCAACUCCUACUGGACAGCGCAAGAGGAUAAUUGAGGAGGAGGAGGAAAGUGAGGAGGAGGAGGAAGAAGAAGAAGAAGAAGAAGAGGAGGAAGAAGAAGAGCAAGACAGUGAAGAGGAGGUUGAAGAAGAACCCCAAACAAAGAAAUCCAAGAUGGCCACAGCUGCUGCCUCUGUGCGUGGUAAAAUGGUGGAGAAAGCCCUGCCUCCAAAACGGGGGAGGUUGGACGAGGAUAAAACACACACUCAGCCUGAGAAGAAAGGAAUAUCCACUCCUACACGGCAGCAGCCACCUGCACCAACCUCUGUCCCCAAAGCUGCUCCCACACAGCAGCAGGGGGAUAAAGAGAAGGCCUCUGAGAAAACCGCGUCUAAGGAACCAGAGAAUGACACUAAAAAUGCACAGAAAGACAAGGGUCUUCUGGUUGAAGUGCGUGUCAAUAAGGAGUGGUUUACUGGUAAAGUUAUUGCUGUGGAGGCGAAUAAACAGAGCAUUCGCUGGAAAGUCAAAUUUGACUAUGUACCUCGGGCCACCCCCAAAGACAGAUGGGUGUUCAAAGGCAGCGAUGAAGUACGGUUGAUGAGGCCACCAUCUCCAAACUCUCAGACCCCCGACACCCAGCAAGAGACUGAGAAAGGUUCAGCCCCCAUGGAACCCGAUACGACUCAGCCUGGAACCAGCAGAGAGGUGACGGACAGCCUAGUCGCCAUGUUGAGGACGAUGCUGCGUUAUUUCUUCCCUCCUGCUUUUCGGAUUCCCAAAGACGAUGUCAACAGCAUGACUGCCGAGGAGCUGAUGGCAUUUCCUUUGAAAGAGUAUUUCCAGCAGUAUGAAUCGGGUCUCCAGUCACUGUGUAACUCGUACCAGAGCAGAGCUGAUGCCAGGGCCAAAGCUGUGGAGGAAAAGAACAACAACACUGAGCUCAAACUGAAGGAAGCAGAUGAAAAACUUCAAAAACUACGAACCAACAUCGUAGCACUUCUACAGAAAGUGCAAGAGGACAUUGAUAUAAACACAGAUGAUGAACUUGAUGCAUAUAUAGAGGACCUCCUUACCAAAGGUGACUAAAAAGGACUGGAUUGGCCAAAUAACAGAAGGUCAAACAAAUAAAAAAGUAAUAAAAAAGAGAGUAUUCAACUCGAGUGUUGCUAACUUCGACUCACAAGGACCGCUACUUCUGUUCAGCGAUCCCAGAUUAUUUGGGGAUGUAAUCACUUCUCAAUCUCUCCACAUCUUAAAACCUAAGUUUGGUUGAUUUCUGUAUUGUCGGUUAGCUCUGUGGUUUUUCUUAGUCCUUUUUAUAAAUAUAUAUAUAUGCUUAUAGACUGUGUCUAUCGGUUUAAAAGAUGUUAUUACCGCUUAACAUCGUAAAGUGUGAAGGUUAAUGGUUUUUAUAUGUGCAGCCGCGUUAUAAGCUACACUUGUUUUUCAUUUGGUCAUCCAUCAGGUGGGUGUUACAAACUGUAAGUUGCUGCACAGCAAGUCCAAAAAAUCCCUUCUCUAUACAAUAACUUUUAGUUUUAUACACUAAGACAAGCAUCAGCGUCUCUGGUUAUAAUUGUUCAUCCUGGUUAGAAAACCAAGUUAAAGCGUGAGAUGUUACAUCCACCAAGAAGAACUACCAGCUUGGUUUUUAUCAGUGGAAAUGUUCCUUCAGAGCUUCUACAUUCUCCCUUUUGAUUGUUCUUUGUUCCUUUUUAAGCAAAAAGCUAAAUGUCUGUUUAUUAUUUAGUGGCUGUGUUCUUCAUUUUGAAAAGAUUUUUAAGAUGUCAUGGAGAUGUUUUAUUAAACGGUGCAUGCCUUUUCAGUCUAAUCGAAACAAGUGUUUGUGUAUUUUUGACCAACUUUACUUACAACAAUAAAACCGGUCCCAGAUCAUUUCACUUUUAUCUCCCUGUGUUCGAUGCAUCAUUUUGUUUUUUUUAGCAGCUUACCCCUGACUUCCACCUUUAUGUAAUGUUGCCAUUGUUAUACAUUUUAUUGCAUUAUAUUUUGUUUCCGACCAUACAUUCUGUAUAUUGUAGCACAAAGCAGUUUUAUCAGAUGGUGUUAGAAAAAAAUUGACACACGUUUUGAGAAGUUGGUCAUUGAUUUGUUUUCAGCUCCUUCUAUUCUGAUGCCCCUAAAUAAAAUGCAAU